ACAUAAUUGCCCAAAAAAAUCUAUCACAACCCCGCCAAUUACGCAGUCAGUCCGAGCCACCUUUUCUCGUCUUCAUAUCUAGUAAGACCCAAUUCAUUUCCCACAAAAUCAUCUCUCAAAGGCACCACCGCCGGCCACCGCCACCGUCGAGAAAUGGGUCACCAGGAAGAAGAGGAAGGGGGUGAGGAGUACUUGUUCAAGAUAGUGCUCAUAGGUGACUCUGCGGUGGGGAAAUCGAACCUGCUAUCUCGUUUUGCUAGAAACGAGUUUGACAGUCAAUCUAAAGCCACUAUUGGGGUGGAGUUCCAGACCCAAGCGGUGGAGAUUGAUGGGAAAGAAGUCAAGGCACAGAUCUGGGACACUGCCGGUCAGGAGAGGUUUAGAGCCGUGACUUCUGCUUACUACAGGGGUGCUGUUGGUGCCCUUAUUGUUUAUGACAUUACCAGGCGGACUAGCUUUGACAGUGUUAAGCGGUGGCUGGAGGAGCUCAGCAUGCAUUGCGAUACUGCUGUUGCAAGAAUGCUGGUAGGAAACAAAUGUGACUUGGAGAACAUUAGAGAUAUUAGUGUGGAAGAAGGCAAAAACUUUGCAGAAGAGGAAGGAUUAUUCUUCAUGGAAACAUCUGCCCUUGAUUCCACCAAUGUUCAAACAGCCUUUGAGAUUGUCAUCCGGGAAAUCUACAACAAUGUCAGCAGGAAGGUCCUAAACUCAGACGCAUACAAAGCCGAGCUUUCAAUCAAUCGAGUGACCCUGGUUAAGGAUGGAGCAAACUCAUCGAAAGGAGGUCUGAUGGGCUCUUGCUGUUCUUGAUGAUCUCCGAUCUGCUUUUAUGCUAUACCUUUCAGGUUUCAGGUUUUAUUAAUAACGCUAUGUUAUAAAACCGUUAGUUUUAUCAGUUUUUAUACUCUUUAUCUUCUAUUUGGUCUUCUUUUGUUCGGCACAACUAUUUUGUCAUUUUGAUUCCUAAUGAAAUGAAACUGCAUAC